AUGGCAAAAAAAACAAAAUGUCCUCCAGAAGUCAUUUGUCUAAGCGAUGAUGACGAUGAUGAUAAUAGUAAAAAUAGUAUUCCUAUGGCAACCCCUAUAAAACAACAAAAUUCAUCAACAAUUGUUAAUAGUGAUGUUCAAAAUGAUACACAUGAACCAUCUAAUUGGACGAUUCAUCAUGACGAUAGAAUACAUGUAUCUGAAUUACCAUCGAAAUAUUCAGAUAUAUUUAAAAAACCAUUCGAAAUUCGUUGUUCAGCUAUUCGUUUUGGUAUUGUAGAAUUUAAUGUUGAAUCUGAUAUUGUUCUUAUGAAAGAAAAAGAAUUUGAAAUGAAACUGACAGGUGGAUUUUUGGAUAAUGUAAAUAUGAAAUUAGCUUAUUCAGAUGUAAUCACAUUUUAUUUUUCAUUUCAAUCUCAAACACCAGCUGCAUUUAUUCAAGUUCGUAGUGAAUUCGCUGCACUUUUUGAUAAAUUUAUUCCAACAUCUGAUGAACAUGGAAGAGGUUUUGAUCCAAAUUCUAAAGAUGAAAGAAGACGUCGUGUUAUUUUUUAUUUAAAACAAUUAACACCAGAUAUGGAAAGAAUACAUACGUCAACAAUUUAUCAUUUUAUUAAAACAAAAUGUCCUAAAAUAGAUGUCUGUUGUGUCAGUGCUUCACGAGCUCAAGAGUUAUACAAUUUAGCUCGAUAUGCUAAAGUAUCAUUGCCUACUCCAAAAAAAAUACCUUUUACUCUUACUGCUAAUGAUUUAACUGCAAAAACAGUUGGUUUAAAUAAUAAUACAAUUCGAUUUGAUCUGGCAUCUGAAGAUUUACAUUGUUUAAAUGAAGGCGAAUAUCUCAAUGAUAAUAUCAUUGAUUUUUAUCUUCAAUAUAUAUACUAUGAAAAGUUGUCUGAAGAAGAUCGUAAACGUACAUAUUUAUUCAAUUCAUUUUUUUAUACACGAUUAACACAAAAAGGCAAUAAUGAUAAUUCAAAUAUUUCAGCAGCUGAACGACGUUAUAAUCGAGUUAAACGAUGGCUUCGUGAUGUCGAUUUAUUCUCAAAAGAUUUUCUUAUUGUACCAAUAAAUCAAAAUGCACAUUGGUAUAUUGUUCUUAUACAAAAUCAUAAUAAUGUUUUAACAGAAGCUGAUUUAAUUAGUGAUGAUGAAGAUUCUGAUUUUGAUGAUCGAUUAAAAUCAAAGAAAAAGAAACGUUCAACAAGAAUAAUUCAUCGUAAUGAAAAAAAUAAUAUUUUUAAUAAUUCAUCAUUGCAAUCAGAUAUUCAUUCAAUUGAAAUUGUUGAUGAUGCUGACGAAGUUAUAUCUAAUAAUGAUACACCUUUAAAAAUUAAUAUUGAAUCACUUUUUGAUUCAAAAAAUCGUUCUCAAUCUCCAGCAAUAAUUAUAUUUGAUUCAUUACGUAUUGCUUCUAAAGUUCGUGUUGCAGCAACAUUACGCGAAUUUCUUCAACUUGAAUAUGAUCAUAAAAAAACAUUACCUAUUAAAUCAUUAGCACGAAAAUUAUUUAAUAUUGAUACAAUACCAACAAUUGAAGCUGGUGUACCACAACAACGAAAUUAUUUUGAUUGUGGUUUAUAUAUAUUACAAUAUAUUGAAAGUUUUUUUUUUCAUCGUUCAUCAGCAACUAAUUUUCCAUCAACAUCAACAUUUUCUAAUUGGUGUGAAAAAAAUUUAAUGGGUUCAUCAAAGCGAAAAGAAAUUUUAAAUGUUAUUAAUCAACAUAUUAUUGCUAAAGAAGAGUGA